UAUUUUUAAUGUAAUCGAACUAAUACACACUUAUUUCAAUUGAAGGAAAUAUUGGGUCUGGAAAAAGCACUUUACUAAAAUUGAUGUAACAAAAAUAUCCUGAUGUAAGUCCAACUUAUAUUUUUAGUUACGAUUUAUACCUGAGCCUGUAAAUGAAUGGCAGUGUAUUAAUGGGGAUCCCUCCUUGAAUUUGUUAGGUUCUUUUUAUGAGGACUCUACCAGAUGGGCUUACACAAUGCAAGUGUAUGCCUUUUAUAGCAGGUUGAAACAUUGGAAGGAGGUUCUCUCAGAUCCAAUCAAUCCUGAAGAGAGACAUUUGAUCUUAAGUGAGAGAAGCAUUGAAGCAGAUAAAGAAAUCUUUGCUGUGAAUGGGCAUAAAAAUGGAUUAAUAAACAAUUUGGAGUUCGCAUUGUAUGAGAAAUUCUAUGAUUGGUUAUGCGAGGAGGUUUUUGGAAAGAAAAUUUAAAAGCAAAUGAUCAUUUAUUUACAAGUGGAUCCAGAAGUGUGUCAUUAGAGAAUGCAAAAGCGGGCUAGGGAUGAAGAAAAAGUAUUACCGCCAUUUUUAUUAUUUUAAGAAUACAAUUUCUAAGGAAUAUCUGACAUAGAUCCAUAAUAGACAUGAAGAGUGGUUAUUGAGGGAAACCCAUAAAAAUACUUCAAUAUUGGUGUUGAAUGGAGACAAAGAAUUUGAAAGUGAUCUAAAUUAGUAAUAGCAGAUGUUUGAUGGCAUUGAUAACUUUUUAAAAGGAAUUUUAUGA